UAUAUAGCCUUUUUGUAAUGUUACUCGCUUUGCUAGCGCCGAUCUAGCUUAUUGAAAUUAUUCAUUACCUGAUACGAACUGAAGACUCUAAAACAAAGUAAAUGUUGAACAACGAUAUACUCUGUUCAAGUUGCAGUAUAACGGAAUGAAGAAACAUUGUCCAUAAACUUCUGAUAUGCCUCUAGUAGGCCAAGUCACUAAGAAAUUAAAAAAAAAUUUUUCUGCGAUUCGUGCUAGAAGAGAAAGUUUGUGUUAAAACGUGCACUUGUUCUUAUCGGUGAGUCGUGUCAUUUCAAAAUCGGGUAAAAAAAACCGUGUAAGAAAGAGUUGAGUGCAUAAUCAAAACGACAAAAGAGUAUUGCUUUUAAAUAUCUCAAAUGUCAAAAAGUCAAAAUUAACGUGCCAGACCUGAGAUCAUCAAAAAUCGAUAGUCUAAAGUAAGGGCUGACUUAAUUAAGAAUUGGAAAAGACAAAAAAAGAUUUGUGAUAUUCAAAAUAGAAUAAACUCUAGUGAGAAAAUAAUAAAAAGGCAGCCAAAAAAAGAAAAAGAAGAAGAUAUCACAACACGGGCACACUUACGUGACAAACGUGAGAGCUCGCAAAAAGAACAUACAAAGCAAAACCAAUCGCUAACUUUCAGACAAAGCGCUGCGUGCUUCACGUUAACGUGACUCUUCUCUACUAAUACUUUUGAUCAAUGGACCAUCUGUUGUUGAUUUAUUGAAUACUUACAAGAAGAAGAUUUAUAACAGACCUUAGGAAGUGUAAGCCUCUCCUUUUAAGGUGACCUUUUCAAAUGUCAUCUAAUGCAGGAGAUGUGUCCUUAGAGACGUUUGGUGCCAUGUUAAGUUCACUGAGGGUAAUGCCCCCUAAAACUAAGUUGUCCCAACGCUCAUCAAAUUAUAAACAAGCUAAACUAUGGCCAGAAGGACCAGCAAGACUAUCACAAAACACUCUAAAUAGCCGAAUUGGCGUUGAAUCUUGUACAAGUUUGAUUUAUCUGAAUAAGCUGACCACUCGCCACUGUUGAGAUUAUUAUAAAAGUUUUUCCAUGCCUUGCGUUUCUCUAAUCUGAGCGUGUAGAUAUAUUCCUUUCUAGUGUCAGCCAAUAUUUUAAAGUUCUCUCUAGGUGGACGUCUCUUGUACUUGCUAAUAAGAAGUCUUAAGGUGGGUACAUUGCAUGCACGGGCCCCCCGAGGAUUUGGGGGACAAGAUUUUUUUGGUGUUCCUCGUGAAAGGGUAGCAGGGGAAGCGUCGAAGAAAUUGUCGAAAAAAGAUGCAGAAAGGUUAUUAGAAUAAAAGGAGUUUGCUGUCUUACGGAUAGAGUUAUUGAAAAUGGAAGGCUCGAUAUAGUUCGGAACACAACAUCGAGAGGUGGGACGAAAGACGAAAUUGACUUCAACGAGAUAGUGAGGAUAUUAGCGCCGCCACCAGAAGAAGGAUUUGCCACGCGGUCCGAUCUCCGGAAUAUAAAUUAAUGGCCAAAUUUAUUAAGGAGGUCCAAAUACAGAACUUUGUGUUCACCCUUAGCCUUUUUUUAUAACGCAUCGAAUCAUUUGUUAUUGUCUCGCUGAAUAUCAAGAAGAAGAAGACCGAAUACAUUGCAUUCAACAGCUGUUUGAAUUAAUAAUAAAAAAAAGGCGCCAAAAUAUAUUUAUCGAAGUCAGGGGAACAUUUUUCAUUUAUUAAUAUUGAACAUGAAUGUUCACAGUUAUUACCCUAAUUAUUACGCUGUAGAAGAUAUUUUCGUGACACAAGAGAAAGUUGAAUGUAAAGUUAAUACAAAGCUAUUGAAAAUGGGAUUUCUUGAUGCCGGUUCUGAAAGUGAAGACUUACAGUCGGGACGUACAGUUAAUUUACCAUUAUGGUACAUUAAAGAGUUGAAAAUUAAUAAUCCUUACUUUAGCGUAUGUGUGCCAGAUAUCUAUAAAAAUGUGCACAAAGCGGUUUGUGAAGCUGAAACUACGCAUAUAGAAUUGGGUAAAUUACAUACAUAUUUCUAUGAAUAUGGACGCUAUUUAACACCAUACGAUCGCAACAAUAUUGUGGGUAAAAUAGUAUUUGAAACAAUGCGCCAUCGUGUUAGACAUUUACUGGAUAUAUCGAAAAACAUCAUCGAACGCGGCAAACCAGAGCAUCGGUUAGAUAAUAUUGAAAGCAAAUUAUAUGAAGAAGGUGUUAAAACGAAUAAUUUGUAUACCAAUUGGCUUCAAAUGAAAUUAAAUAAUUUGACGGUUUCCAUUAUGGUUCAGGAGCAUUGUAUGAAACGUAAACGCCAACAUAUGAGCGAUUUUGAUGACGAUUCAAUCGAACAAGAUCAUAAAAGACAAACUCUAUAAAUAUUAUUAAUUAAAAACAUUUUUAUUUUAACAUUUUCUUUUUCUAUUAAACGCAUUUAUAUAAAGCGACCAGCAAUGGCCAAUAAUUUAGUGU